CAAAAAAAUUAUGAGUUCCAAAGUUGAAGACUCUAAUAAGGAGCUGUUUGGCUUGUUGUUCAUCGUCAUCGUACUACUCUGUAUUAACAAGGUUGAAGCUGCUACUAACAGUAGCAGUACUCCUUCAGGAUGGGGACAGAGGAUUCAUUGCUACAUCACCAAUUGGCUUCCGGACAACGUAUUUCCCCUGAAAUUACAUAUCUGGUCAAGCGAAGAUGAUCUGGGGUACCACUAUCUGAAUCCAAACCAGUCAUUUUAUUGGACUUUCAAGGUGAACGUUGGCGCGUCGACCUCGUUCAGGGGUGAGUUCUGGUGGGCUGAGAAAGACGCAAGUUUUGUGACUUAUGAUGGUCAUGUGAAUGAGCAUUGUUACAAAACUGCGGUGUGUAAUUGGGUGACCCAACCAGAUGGGUUUUAUAUCGCCAUGAGAAGAGAUCCCAGAGACGAUGAUCUCAAAUGGUUAAACGGCUGGCGGACUCCGACUGCCGCCAGUGACCGUACCAAUUAACUUGAUGCCGGCCGCCGGCGAGCAUGUAAUGUGCUGUUUGUAUGUCUUGUUUUUCAGUUGUUGGAAGUACUAAGACAGAACGCGCAAAAUAAUGAUAAUUAAAGUGACAAUGAUUAUUGAAUCUUUACGGUUUCAAAAAUCACCAAUCAAUAGAAUCGUAACCGAAUUACUCCUCCGUAGGAUCAGUUUUGGUUUUGCUUUCCAAUUUGGAUUUGGUUUCAACUAGCAUUGGGAUUCAGAAGAAUCGAAGUUCUGAU